AUGAGCGUCGCGGUGGCGGAGGGCUGCUUUCUGUCCGCGCUGCAGCCAAACACCUCCUGCACCGCCUAUGCGCUUCCUUCGGACGGACCGAGACCAGACCAGGCGGCGAAAGCCCGCAGAGUCCAGGAGCAGGUCCGGAGGAGACUGGCCGAGAAGAGGUCCUCGUCCCUGACCCGCCUGGACGACUCCAUGCUCGGCUCAGCAGACUACAACUUCCACACGUCCAGGGGAUUUUCAGAAAACAAUGGAUUUAGCUCCCGGUCCAUGGUUAUGAAGCCCAGCAGAGUGAUGGCUGUCCCUACUGCCCCACUCCACUCCUCUGGGUUCUCGUCCCGCUCCGCCGUGGUAAGCAACUCCAAGAACAACCACAUCGGCACCAGCUCACUGCACACUUACCAGGCCACGCAGUCCCGCACUAGAAGCAGCCGCUCCAGGUCCUUCUGCCAAGCCGAUCAGGAAAUAUUCCCGCUCACAGUCCUACCCUCUCCGGAGAGCGCCAACCACACCCUCCCCACACCACCCCAGGGCAGCCUGCGUCGCAGCCUCAGCGGGACCCUCGCCCAGUCCAGAGGGCAGUGGCAGGAGGAAGAGGUGCCCUACCAGUACAUUUACAAAGGCCCGUCCCACCGCACCAUUAGCCGCAUUGCCAACAGACAGCAGCAGCAGCAGUACCAGCACAACUCAGGGUACGGGCAGGAGGGCUGGGUGGGCACAGGCAGAGGGGUGCACUCGCUGGGGGACGGCUGGGGUUCACAGUGGCAGCAGCAGCAGACAUCCAGGUCCAGCCACGGGUUCGGGACGGGACAGUACCAGGGCCUGAACCGGGCAGCCUCAGUGCGCAGCGUGAGGAGCGUGGGAAAAGGGGCGGAUGUGCUGGAUGGAGCAUCUAUACACAGCAAUGAUGCCUUAGGAGGCAUGCAGGGUUUGGACAUGGUCACAGCCGUCAAGUACAUCGCCGAGUCCGACAGUGCCUUACAAGUUUUAGGAGCGGCCUAUAUCCAACAUCAGUGUUACCACAGCAGUGAGGCUAAAGUUCAGGUUAGAACUUUACAAGGCAUUCCAGCUUUGGUUCAGCUCUUCUCUAGUGAUAACCAGGAAGUGCAGCGCUUCGCAACCGGUGCCACGCGAAACCUCAUCUACGAGAACUCGGACAACAAGGCGGCACUCAUAGAGGCCGGCGGAGUCACGCGUCUCAUCAACAUACUGGGAGAACCUGACGAGGAGCUGAGGAAAAACAUCACAGGUGUCUUAUGGAAUCUGUCAUCUCGAGAUAACCUGAAGGAAAAGCUGUCUAAAGAAGCUUUGUCGGAGUUGACGGAAAAAGUCAUGAUUCCUUUGUGCAGCAGUGUUCCACUCAGUCCUUCAGAGAGAGACAUCUUCUACAAUACCACUGGAUGUUUACGGAACCUGAGCUCUGUUAAUGAGAGAACGAGACAGAAGAUGAGAGAUAUGCGCGGCCUGGUGGAUUCUCUGGUGUCAUACAUUCAACAAGAGGAGAGGGCAAAUGACAAGGGUGUGGAGAAUUGCCUGUGCGUUCUGAGGAAUCUGUCCUAUCAGCUGUACUCGGAACUUCCUCCCACGGUUCAGCUCCGUCUGGAAGGCCCCAGAAGAUCAUCUGCCCACAGGGAGAUUGAGCCCAUUGGCUGUUUCACUCUCUACAACAGAAAGAACACAGAGGAAGAGCUGAUCCUGGAAAUUGUCUGUAAUCCGUUCUGUAGCCCCAAAAAGUUCCAUCACUCGUACCUGCGCAGCACAGUGGUCCUCAUUCUAGUGACUCUUAUGAUGAUGAUCAUCAUAGGUCUGGCCCAUGCUCUGGUGGUCUUCAGAGUGGUGGCGGCUCCGCUCUUGUCCGAGGGCGAAUGGGAGUUCAUGCGAGACCACGCCAACACUGUGGCCGUGAUGCUGGGCGCCGUGCUGCACUACCUCACCAUGCAGAUCAUGACCAGGGUCAACAGAUGGGUGUCUCUCAAGUUGUGUGAAAUAGAGAAAAUCAAUUCAUCUGCGGCAAGAGAGAGAAGUUUCACAGUCAAGAUGUUUACUUUCCAGUUCUUCACUCUCUUCUCCUCUCUGUUUUACGUGGCCUUCUUCCUGGGCAGGAUAAAUGGGCAUCCUGGAAGCUAUACAAGAAUUUCAACCUGGCGAUUAGAAGAGUGCCAUCCCAGUGGCUGUCUGACCGACCUGUUCAUCCAAAUGGCCGUCAUCAUGUUGCUCAAACAGACCCUCAACAACGUCUUUGAGUUCACCAUCCCAUGGGUGAAGAGUCUGAUCAGGAGGAAAGCCUCGAGGACCAUGAAGAGGAAAUGCGGCUACUGCUACAGAAAGGCCUGUAUCGACAGUCGAGGCCGCGUGGAGGCGUGUGACAUCUGCAAGCUACGCGAUUGGCUGAGGAACUACCAUCUGACCAACACGGACUCUUUCAGCCUCUUCAAUGAGUUCCUGGAGAUGGUGGUCCAGUUCAGUUUCACCACCAUAUUUGUGGCAGCGUUCCCUCUGGCUCCACUCUUGGCUCUCAUCAAUAACAUCAUUGAGAUACGACUCGAUGCGAUCAAGAUGGUGCGUCUGGAGCGACGUCUGGUGCCCAAGAAAACCAACGAUAUUGGUGUUUGGACUCAGGUGUUGGAGGCCAUCGGCGUGCUGGCCGUUAUCGCCAAUGGUCUGGUUAUCGGAAUUACGUCAGACUUUAUUCCACGUCUCGUCUAUCGCUACCGUUAUGGACCAUGUGCCACUGGGAAUUCAACCUCAAACUGCAUGUCUGGCUACAUCAACGACACGCUGUCCACGGCCUCCUGGUUCCAUGAGGACGUGCAGAGGGACUUCCAGCCCCAUCAGAUGACCACCGAGACGGGCAUCAACGUCACCCAGUGCAGUUACAGAGACUACCGCAACAAUGACGACUACUCUCUGACCUCUCAGUUCUGGCUGGUCCUCGCGGUGCGAUUCGCAUUCGUCAUCCUGUUUGAGCAUGUGGUGGUUGUGUGUAAAUUCAUAGCUGCCUGGUUUGUCCCUGACAAUCCCCUAAGAGUGAAGAAUAAGCGGCUCCAAGACAAACUGGCUCGGCUGAAAGAAGAGCUGCGGGAAAAAAACCGCCACCGAUCGACAGAGGUCUGA